AUGACUGAAGACGCUAAGCCAACCGAAGCCGUCGCCCCUCCUACGGGCGAAAAGGUCCAGUCGCAGCAGAACAUCGACGCACAAGGCCAAUUCAAUGCAGCAGUUGACGAACUCCUCGACCAACUACAGCACAAAUUCGAUAAUGUGUCAAGAGAUAUGUUUGGGAAGUUGGACGAUAUGGCGCACCGAUUGGACGACCUCGAAGCUUCGUUGACAAGUGUUACGGACGAUGCGGCGACGGCUACGCCGGCGAAGUAA